AUUACGCAAGAAUUACAGCCAACCCGAAACCUCUUCUGGACUCCACAGAUGGCGGAAGAUUCCGGCGACGCUCCAAACCCUCGUCCUCCUUCCGCGGCCGCUGCCGACGGCGACUCCACCCGCCGGACCACCAGACCAGGCACCAAGCGCCUCCUCCUCACCCUCUCCGUCCUCCUCUCCUUCCUCUCAGGCCUCCCUUUCCUCCUCAAAUCCACGGAAAUCUACCGAUCUCCCCUCCCCUUCCGCUCUAUCGACUCCCUCUCAAGCCGCCUCCAGUCCGACCACCCCACCCUCCCCUGCCGCUUCCAAGCCGUCCUUCUCCGUCCCGAAGGCGACCGAUUCCUCGCCGACCGGCUGGAAUCUCUGAUCUCUGAAGAUCUGGUCAACAGAACCAGCAACGAUCCGGUCUGCGGUGGCUGUGGGAAGAAUUUUUCCGUCUCGGUGACAAUCGAUUCCAGCGCGGGAUGCGUUCGGAGCUCCGACGGUGCGGGGGAUGCCUGCCUCUGGAGGUGCGGCGUGGCGGAUUCCUCCGGUUUGGGGGGUGGUGAUGAGGAUGUGGAUGAGCUGCUGGACUCGGCGCUGAGGGAAGGCGGCGAGUGUUUAGGGUCGGGCAGUGGGAGAGUUUACACUGUUGUGGUGAUUGAGAGGGAGAUUGGUGGAGAGGGGGUGAGGGUUGUGGUGGGGAAGCAUCGGCAUGCAUGGAUGGUGGGCAAGGUCUCGGACGCAGAGGUGGUUUCAGUAAUCGGGAAGAUAUUUGUUGAGAUUUUCAUGAAUAGUGGGAAGACGAUAGGGGAGAUGGGUAAGGGAGAGUUCAUGCCGGUUGGUGCAGAUGGGGGUGUUGUUCUUUCAUUCAGCCUGUUGAAUGCUGAUCCCAGUGACUGGGUUUAUUAUUGGGAGUUCCAAAAGAUAGUAAAAAUCAUGUUGGCUCCUAUAGUGGAGGCCUUGGCACCUAUAGCAAACAUAAGUGUAGAAAGUCAGGUUUUAUACCAUACUCCAAAGUCAUCUAUUUCUUAUUGGGACAAGAAAUUGGGUAGCUACAUCUUUAGCAUGAGAGAUCUUCCUUUCUUUGUAAAUUCAAAUGAGUGGCAUUUGGAUACAUCUAUUGCAGCUGCUGGACGAUCAAAAGUUCUACAAUUUGUGGUAUACGUACCAUCUGCGAGGGAAUGCCCACUUGUGUUACAGCUUCCAGAUGGAGAGACUUCCAAAACUAAUGGUUUUAUAUCUCCAAUGUGGGGAGGUGUUGUUGUUUGGAACCCACCUAUGUGUUUGAAGGAUUCUCAAAGGACACAUCUUACCGAAAGUAUCAUAUCAACUCAGGAUCUUCAGAAGAUUUUUCAAGUUUUUAUUGGGCAACUUCGGCUUUUAUUUGGUCUUAGAUCGAAUUAUCUUGAUGCUACUGAGAUGGGAAUAUCUAGAUUUUUAAACAGCGAAAGAGGCUUUACAGAAUGGGAGCUGGAUUUGUUAUAUCGACAUCAUGCAUGCUUCAAUCUGCUUUCAUGUGCCACUACACUUGAGUCUCUCUCUAAAUUAGUUCAAUCACUUCCAAGAAUGAUCAUUAUGGAUGAAAUAGGAAAGCAGGUAAAAUUUUCACUUGAAGCAGCAAGUUUAGCUCUGAGAAAUGCCUCUCUUGGAAUAUAUGACGCUUCAGCUGUAUCUGCUAGGAAAGCAAGGGCUUUAGCAGAAGAUGCAUUUUUUCAUCCAUCCAUUAUGUCAAUCAGUUAUUCCUCCAUCGAGCACUACUUUGCGAUAUACAUGCCCUUUUUCGCUCCAGUUGCUUUGCAUGUGCUCCUAGCAGCUAUUAAAGAACUGAAACGAUACAAGAGAGAGCGAGCAAAGUACUUGGCAUUUUCUGCUGACCAAGCCACGGCGGCUUCUUAAUUCACCAACAUACGCUGCUACUUCGUUGAAUGUGGUUUAUGCUAGAGCAGCAGUGCUGUCACCCAGGGCCUUGGUUUGCAGCAUAGGGAGCACAUCUUUGUAUGCUGGUGUAAUCUCAGACCAUAAUUUGAUGGGAUAACAGGGGUCUUGUUCGCUGCUGCUCAAGAUUCAGGAAGGAAACAAAAUCCCAAACAUAUCCAACUGAAGGCCAAGGUUGGAGCCUUGGGGGUGAGAGCGAAAGAAUCUUCGAUACCUUGAUGAGACUUGUACAACUGCAAAUUGAUGUGUCACUGUAAUUUCUGCAACAAUUAGGCUCUAAUUGUUUUUAAACUAGGCCUGAAUGAUGCAUCUCGUCAUGUUUUAUAUCGAUGGCCAGCAUGAGUUCUUUGCCAUUUGUUCCAAUGAAGGGUUUGACAUCAACUGUUUCUUUCUUGAUCCUGAAUUUUUAUCAAAUUAUCCAUCUAUAUUGUAAAGCUCA